UGCCACUCCAACUUUCAAAUUUUGUGAACAGAGAUCCUUUCAGAGACGAAUAACAAUUCUACUCCCAAAUCCCAUAUAUCAUUUUGAUAUAGAAUUUUUGAUGCAAUCAACCUGAAACCAUCUAACCAUGGGUAGCUACCUGAUGAUGCUGUAUGUUACUGUGGACCAGGAGUUGGCCCUCAAGUCCUACUUCACUCAACAGGGCUGGCCAUUCAAAAAACCAGACCUGAAAGUCACUACAGAGGAGCUAGGAGGGGUUGUUCAAAACUGUUUGCAAGACCCUGAAGAACCUCAGAGACCCACUCCCGCACUACAGGAAAAACAUCCGUCCAACAAGAGAAAAGCUCCACAAAAGCAACGGUUGCCUGCGAAAGUUGCAAGACAAGUGUUGCCUACUGUUGACAAUAAUGUGCCUUCAAAUGAAGUCCAGGAUUCUGUAGAGACAUCAACUGCUUAUGAAGAUAUCGUCGCAAAGGUGGAAAAGAAGGAUGAAGUAAAUGAAUACCAUGUUGCUACAAGUAAAACAGUAAACAAUAUUGUUAUAGAAGGAGAAGACUUCAUUGUAAAGGAAGAACUUCCAGACAGCAAUGAUGAAAGUGACAAUGACACAAUUGAUAAUGACUUUGACAUUGCUGAAGAAUCAGGUGUUGAUAGUAAAGUCGAACCACCAGAAGAUAUUCCAGAAACAAGGACUCUUGAUGAACCUGGCACAUGUUCUGAGAUACUGGUAGGAGCAUCUGGGCAGAAAGAGUCGUCCAUAAAAAAUAUGGAGACUCCUUAUGUAUGCAAAGAAUGCGGGAUGCCAUUCAAAAACAAGAAACACCUCUUAGACCACGAAAGAAGGCAUUCUGGCCAAUCGCCAUAUCGUUGUUGCGGGAAGGGUUUUACUUCCCGUGCACAUUUAACAAGACACAGGUGCAGCAAACAUGGCGAGACGAAAUACCACGUUUGUGCAACUUGUGGCAAAUCAUUUGCUCUUGCAACGGACUUAAAGAGACAUGAACUACGCGAAAGUGGCCAGUUGAAGCUAACUUGUGAUGUUUGUGGGUUCAAAUGUGAUGAUACGACCAAUCUCAGCGACCAUAUGUCUGCUAAACACAGGGACAUGACGCGUCACAAAUGUUCACAGUGUCCCUCCGCAUUCAAGUUUAAAUCUGGACUCAGCAGGCACAAUAAGGCGAAACACACCUAAUCAGGACACAUUUAUUCUUUAGAAUUGUCACCUGUCAUAUUACUUACGUUUAAGGUUGGCAACACAUCAUGGUGUAAUACUUCAAUCUACAAAAGUAUACGUUAACAUUCAUAAGUCAAAAUGUAUCGCGGCUUUUUUUCGUUUAAAUAAUUUUAAGUAUACUUUAGUUUUGAAAAAAUGCAAUGGUCUAAUAAGAAGUGCAUUCCAGUAAUUUUGCCGAGUUUAAAUAGCGUUUGGACGAAUUUGUCAUUAGCUCCACUGGCCGAAGGCCAUGGAGCUUAUGUCGUCACAGAUUGUCCGUCGUGAGUUCGUGCGUGCGUGCGUGCGUAAACUUUUACUUUUAACGACAUCUCCUCUGAAACUGAUAAGCGGAUUUUGACAAAACUUCACAGGAAUGUUCCUUUGGUGGUCCUUUACCAAAAUUGCUCAAAUGGUUCCGGUCCAUUGCACAAUAUGGCCGCCAGAGCUAAAAAUAGCAAAAUCUUUAAACGACAUCUCCUCUGAAACGGUUCGGCAGAUUUUGAUGAAACUUGACAGUAAUGUUCCUUGGGUGGUCCUUUAUUAAAAUUGCUCAAAUGGUUCUGGUCCAUUGCACAAUAUGGCCGCCACAGCUAAAAAUAGCAAAAUCUUUAAACGACAUCUCCUCUGAAACGGAUAGGCAGAUUUUGAUGAAACUUGACAGAAUUGUUCCUUGGGUGGUACUUAACCAAAAUUGCUCAAAUGGUUCCGGUCCGCUGCACAACAUGGCUGCCAGGGCAAAAAAAUAGAAAAACCUUUAAAGAACAUCUUCUCAGAAACCGAUGAUCAGAUUUUGAUGAAACUUUGCAGAAAUGUUCCUUGGAUGGUCCUUUAUCAAAUUUGCUUCAAUGGUUUCGGUCCACUGCACAAGAUGGCCCCCAGAGGUAAAAAUAGAAAAACCUUUAAACGACUUCUCCUCAGAAACCGAUGAUUGUAUUGCAAUGAAACUUGACAGAAAUGUUACUUGGGUAGUCCUUAACCAAAAUAGCCCAAACAGUUCUGGUCUGCUGCACAACAUGGGCACCAGAGCUAAGAAUAGAAAAAAAAACGUUAAACUACAUCUUCUCAGAAACCGAUUAUCAGAUUUUGAUGAAACUUUACAUAAAUGUUCAUCGGGAUGCCCUUUAACCAAAAUUCCCCAAAUGGUUCCGGUCCGCUGCACAACAUGGCUGCGAGAGUUAAAAAAUAAAAAAAAACUUUAUACGACUUGUCGUCGAAACCGAUGACCUUUUUUCGAUAAAACUUGACAGAAAUGUUUGUUUGGUGCUCCUUUACUCAAAUUGCACAAAUCAUUUCGGUCCACUGCACAACAUGGCAGCCAGAGCUAUUAAAGUAAAAAUUUUUUUUAAAUAACUUCUCCUCAAAAAUUGAUGAUUGUAUUUCUAUGAAACUUGACGAAAAUGUUCGUUAGGUGGUCUUUGCUUGAACCUUUUGGCCAGUGGAGCACAGGCACUGAUGUGCCUCUUGUUUUAUUAUUAAUAAGAUAAAAAGCAAAAAGUACGGUUACCAAAUAUCGAUAGAUGGCUGCUGUACUUAUUGUGACUUUUUCGAGAUUGUUAAUAUCUGUUUUCCUAGCAAGCAAAUUUAAUGACUUGUAUUUGAAUAAUGUAUCUUCUUGAUGCUUUGUUAUUUAAAUCACCAUUGAGAAUAGUUGUCGCCUUUUUUGGAUCUUCGACGGUAAUAAACGGGCUGGUGUCGGCGGCGGAGAGCCCAAUAUUUGCUUUGAUAACAGGAACAGUGUCAUUUACAUAAAUAAGAAAUAGCAAGGGACCUAGAAAAUGAGCAACAAUAAAGUCAAAUGAUAUACACAUAAUAAUGCAAUAAAAUUGCAUCUAAUUAGUGUUUAUAUGGCUUCAUGGGGACAAAAAUUAGUGGCCGUGGCCGCGUUAGACAGUUGGCCCCUUAAUGCACGUACAUUAUAUAGUAAAAACGUACGGGUGGAAUUUGGAGUGGCCCGUUAAGGCAGGUGGCCAUUUAAAGCAGGUGACCGUUCAACCAGGAUUGACUGUAAUACGUUUUUGUUGUUCCAUCUUUCAAGCGUAAACCUUUAUUUGCCACCUUUAAACAUAGUUAUUCGAUUGUGUAAGUGAACAUUAAAUUUAAUUGGUUAAGGAUGCAUUCUUACUCCCAAAUAAGAUUAACCAUAAUUUAGUAAUAUUGUUUUGAUAUUCCAAAAAGGAUGUAGAAAUGUCGAAAACGAUGGUUCUUUUGAAGGAUUCCGAGUUUAAUCUGAAAAAUGAACAUUAAACACGGUAUUUCUACCUUAUGAGACUAUAAUAGACCACAGUAAAUCUUUAAGCAUUUACCAAACAUUUAAUACUUUUGUGCUUUCUGCUAUUUAAUACUCGGUUACAGUCUUGUUAUCAUUAAUUAAUAUUUCCAUAAAUGCAUUAUUUAGUAAGUAGUUGAAGGUUUAUCAGUCAAAAUAUAUGUUUGUUCCGGUUUCUGUUUUUUUAUUGCCCAAAUGUUCAUUCAUACAAACAUUUAUAAAUGACAUAAUUAUAUAUGCAUACCAUUUAAUACAAACCGUUAUACUAAAUAAUAUCAAUGUGAACAAAUAAAUAUUGAUCUAACUCUUUGUUUGAAAAUUUCUAUUAGCGUUUGGGACUUGUUUUCAAAUAAAAAAGGUAGACAAAAAAAAUAAAUAAAAAAAAUGGGAGAGGUGGUGUGUAUUUGAUGUUUCGGAAUAGUGUUCCUAAUAUAAAUGUUAAAUUUAAAAAUGAAAAAAAACACCUACUAACUUUAAAAAAACCUACUUGCUUUAAAAGAGUGGAUCUUAUAAAGUACAGUUCUUUGGUGGAUAUUUCAUUCAAAUGCGCUUUUACAAUACUACUAUACACUGGAGCUGUUUUACUAAGAUAAUAAGUGUUCUAAUUGUUGCCAUCGUCUAUUAUAGGUGUUGAUUUUAUUCUUCAUUGUUGCUAUUGUUUUCUCUAUUUUUAGUCGUUUAUUGAGAUAUUGGACAAACAUGGCACAUGUUGGUAUUUUUCCUUCACAUUUUGAUUUAAAAAUAAAAUAUUUUCCUAGAAGUAUCAUAAAAUUUACUUGAUAACCAAAUUUUUCAUUGUUUGGCAUUAAAUCACAAAAGCUAAUGGUUUUAUAUGAUAGUUCUCUAAAGCUCACUUCAUUGAAAGAGUUUGUUAUGAAUGUUCUAAAUUCACCCCAAAACGUCUGCGAAAUAUGACAUUCCCAAAACAUAUGAAUGUUUGAGUCGAUGUUCAUUACACAAAAAUCACAUAACCUUGAUGCAACAAUAUUGUACGUGUAAAGCUUAUCAUUGUUUGGAAGGAUAUUCAUUAUGUAUUUAUAUUGGAAUUCCCGAAGUUUCGUAUCUAUUGUUAGUUUAAGCGCCUGUGUGUACACAUUUUUCCAUUGUAUAGAGUUAAGAUCAAAUUGAGAUUCCCAGUUUUCUUCUCGAGUUCUAUUUUCAGGUUUAAGUUGUAUAAUAAGAUUCUUGUAGACUAGUUUACUAAUUUUUGUAUUUUCCUCCAUUUUAUCUACAAAGUAAGUUGGUGUGUUAUAUGAUAUGCCUUCAUUUUUCAACCGGAAUUUCCAGUCAUCAGGAAUACUGCUGAUUAAAGCAUGGUAUUUCAAAAAAUCGUGUGUACCAAGAUCGUAUAGUCUCGAUAAGUCGUUAAAGUCAAAAAGUUUUUUUUCUGUAGUCAUACAAAUGUUCGACAUAUUUUAGACCCCUAUUAUGCCAUUCUUUGUAAAAAAAUGUUUUAUUAUUAGGGAGUUUUAUUUUGCUGUUGUUCCAUAUAAUUUCUUUUGCUACGAUCGCAGUAUCCGUCUUAUAUGUAAACGAUGCCCAUGAUUGUAUGACUUCUGUGAGAAAAACAGAUUUUAAUUUAAGAUUUUGAGUGCUUUUCGGAUCCAUACAACUUUUAAAAAUUAGAUCUUCUCCAAACUGUUUGGUCAUUUGCAUAUAUAAUUUAACCCAUAUAGAUUGUUUGUUUAAAACAAUUCUUUUUACCCAGCUUGCUUUAAUUGCUUUGACAAAAAUAGAUAUAUUGAGCAUUUUUAAACCACCAUUUUCAUAUUCUUGAAUUAUUUGAUUUCUUGAUAUUUUAUCGGGUUUUCCAUUCCAUAAGAAUUUGUACAUUUUGUUUUGUAUCAUUUUUAAACAUGUCUCAGAUGGUGUUUCCAAGACAGUUAGUGGGAACAGAAGUUUUGGGAACGCAAACGUUUUGAUUACAGUGAUUUUGCCAAGUAACGAA